UUCGCCACUACCCCAGCAACACAAGCAGCAGCAGCUUCAAACUUACAGCAGCACUGCCCCGCACUGAGCUGAUCGUAAGAUCGUUUCUGCUCGGCCGAUCGCUAGUGCACCAAUGGCCUCCGCCAACAGCUGGACCCUCGAGAUCGCGUCCCCGGUGGCCGCGCCGCGCCUGUUCCGCGCCGCGGUGAUGGACUGGCACACCCUGGCUCCCAAGCUCGUCUCCCUCGUCGUCGCCAGCGCCCACCCCGUGGAGGGCGAGGGCGGCGUCGGCAGCGUCAGGCAGUUCAACUUCACCUCAGCCAUGCCGUUCAGCUUCAUGAAGGAGAAGCUCGAGUUCCUGGACGUGGACAAGUGCGAGUGCAAGUCCACCCUCGUCGAGGGCGGCGGCAUCGGCGUGGCCAUCGAGUCCGCGACGUCGCACAUCAAGGUGGAGCCGGCGGCCGGCGGCGGCAGCGUGGUGAAGGUGGAGUCGACGUACAAGCCGCUGCCGAGCGUGGAGAUGAAGGAGGACGACGUCGCCAAGGCCAAGGAGUCCGUCACCGCCAUCUUCAAGGCCGCCGAGGGCUACCUCGUCGCCAACCCGGACGCCUACAACUAAAUCGAUCGAUGGAGUGGGAUGCGAUUGCGACCUUGGAAUACGUGUGCGGAGCUUUGGGGUUUCCUUUUUUUUUCAUACGAAAUAAAGCGGUUCUAUGCAGUGCAUGGUGUGUGGACGAGAUGUUGAAAGUGGUAUGUACGAUGCUUGUGUUGUUUGGUUAUGUAUACCCUCAUGGUUUUCUAUGGGAACAAAAAGGUUAUGUAGACUGUACGCUGUGUACGAGGUAUUCUGUUUUCCAAUUCUAUGAGUCUGAGUGUGUGACCGAAUAA